AUGCGCACCUCCACUUUGGCCUCUUCAGUUUUUGCUGCUGGACUCGUGUCCGCUCGCAUUACUGCCCGCGAUAACAGCUCAGUCUGGGUAACAGAGGUGCCUAACUAUGUCCGUCCCUACGCAAUUGCACAUUAUGAUGCUUCUGGCUGUGUGGUUGGAAGCCAACUCUAUCGAUUCCCAGUUACUGGACCAUCGUCUGGAGGUGCUUUCUCCCUCCUCGCAACAAACGCACCAGCUUCGACCGAUUUAGGAGUUUUCCCUCACAUUCAUCAAAAGCAUUAUGAGAAUUUCUUCAAUCUCAAAGGUCGCUUCCAGCUUUGGACUGAAAAGGAUGGUGAUUCUGAGACAAGACUUUUGACACAAGGUGAUUACGGAAGUGUACCAAUCAACACAACCCAUACUUUUCAAAUUUUGGAUCCCGACACUGAGAUGGUCGGAAUUAUCUCACCUGGAGGAUUUGAGGACUUGUUUUAUGCCCUCGCCGAUUCCAACUGGACCUUAGCCUCUUCGGAAACCCAACCUCCUUACGAUCCUCUCCUCGUCGUCAAUAGCAGUAGCUCUCAUCCCGCAUCAGUCAUUAGCUCUCUUGAAAGUUUCGAUGUCUAUGCCCAGCUUGACUUCGUUCCUCGUACGGAUGCGAUCAACGGUACUGCUCCAUUGAACAGUACCUGGCACACUGGAGCCAACGCUCUUGGCGCUCGAGGUUCUCCAUACUACGUUGCCAAGGACUUUGGACCACAAUACAUUAACGAUGCCGCUGGAUACCAAAUCAUUCAGCCAUUCGUUACUCCAGUACAAUCCGAGAAUGCAUUUUCUUUGUCGACCAUUACCCUUGCUCGCAAGUUGUCCAACGUCACGAUCCCAACAUCAUCAUAUAUCGGCCAUGCGGCUUUCGAGGUUCUUGAGGGUAUGUUGACUGUUGAGAUGGAAGGUGAGACAUUAUCGCUUAUCCAAGGCGAUGUUGUCUUCAUCCCUGGAAACACAACAUACAAGUACUACAGUACCGUCCACUUCUCCAAAUUUUUGUUCAUCGGUGCUGGAGCCGAAGCAAUGGACACUCAGCUCAUCGCUGCUGGUGCUUCAUGGUCUUCCCCAAUUUGGCCUACGUAUGCUUAG